GUCAUUUUGAUGUUUUCUCAAUUAAUGCUAUGACUGUUAAAUUGUGUAUAUUGCUUACGAUAUUUUCUAAGUGUCUUACACAGGAUAUUUCUAUGUGUUAUUGCGAUGAAGGUUGUUCCUGUACUGAAAGCUGUGGAACAAAUGAAAUGGAAUAUUCAAUCUGGAAUGAAGAAAUUCAACUCUGCCCAAAUGAAUUAGUUUGUUGUUUAACGCUCGAUUAUCCUCAACCUGAAGAUUUGAAUUUAGAUCCUUCUUCAUCAAGAAUUUACAAGGAAAAUAUUAUGUUGAUAGCCAAGGACGUGGAAAAGGAGUAUAACAAUUAACGUGUAAUCAUCCUGUAUCGAGGAGACUGAUUAAUAUCAAUCAAAACAGUACUUUUACAAAUUGGAUUUUUUGAAACUUAAUGAUUUCGAGGAAAUAGCUGUUGUUAUUAAUAGGAAAUUUCCG